AGAGGAAUUAGGAUUAUUCCGGAAUUUGACAUGCCAGGUCAUACACAUUCCAUCGCAGAAAGCAUGCCAGAAAUAAUGACAUGUAUAGAUGUACAACCAAAUUGGAGUGAUUUCGCCGCCGAACCACCAAGCGGCCAAUUAAAUCCUGCAUUGGAUAAAACUUAUACUUUCCUUAAUAAACUUCUUCCUGAAUUAACUUCCUACUUCACCGACAAAUAUUAUCAUGCUGGUGGAGACGAAGUAAACUUAAAUUGUUGGAAUACAACUCCAUCAAUCACUGAAUACCUAUACCAGAAUCCGGGUUCAUCCAUUGAAACACUUCUCGCUAAAUUCAUUAACGAAACUCACCAAAUUGUUCGUAAGUCAGGGAAAUUGCCGAUAACGUGGCAAGAAAUGAUCGUUGAUCACAAUCUGACGUUGAAAACUGAUACUUUGGUUCAAGUGUGGACUACUAAAGAUGUAGUUAAGAAGGUUGUAAGUAAAGGAUAUAGAGUCAUUACAGGGAGUAGUGAUUAUUGGUAUUUAGACUGCGGGCACGGUGGAUGGCUCGGAAAUAAUACUAAUGGUAAUAGUUGGUGCGAUCCAUUUAAAACUUGGCAAAAGAUUUAUUCUUACAAUCCAAUUGAUGGAUUAACCGAUGAAGAAGCUGAAUUAAUUAUAGGAGGUGAGGUCCUAUUAUGGUCAGAACAAGCUGAUCCGACAAAUUUAGAAGUUCUCUUAUGGCCACGUUCAUCUGCAGCUGCUGAAGUAUUAUGGUCAGGACCUUAUGACACUUCUAAAAAAAUUCGAACUCCAGACAAAGAUGCAUUAGCACGGUUAACUGACUGGAGAUUUAGAAUGGUCAAUAGGGGUGUAAAUGCAGUUCCAUUACAACCUUUAUGGUGCGUUCGCACAGGACGGUGUGAUAUACACUAA